GCGACAACCGCGCGAUCCACGCACAUCGAGCUGUGGCAGCGAUGAAGACGCAUGUGGACUCUCACAAAACCGAGAGUAUUGACUUCACGUCGGUACGGAGAAUUUCAGCCUCUAACGCUAUGCCUAACUCAGGGAAAACCAAUUAAUGUGGACUACUCGCCAGGUUUCCUAAAAGGUUCCGACACUGCGGAGGUCCAAUGGAGCGAGGAUUCAUCCAAGGUGGCGGCCUCUCGGCGCCGUCUUGCCAUCUGCGUGGCUGCCGCCUACUUCGCCAUGAUGUCAGUCGGCCUCAUGUGCGCCUACUCGUCGCCAGCGCUACCGUACAUUCGAGAGCGGUUCAAUCUCACGAACGACGAGGUCACGUGGUUCGGGUCCCUCGUGCUCCCCGGUGCAGUGCUGGGUGGUCUGAUCGAAGGUCAACUAGUAAACCUAAUAGGGCGCCGGAAGACCAUGGUCACAGUCGCCGUGUGGUUCGUGUCCGGUUGGAUGUGUAUCAUCCUGGCACCAUCGACGCCAUGGCUGAUGGUCGGCCGUUUUCUGACAGGCGGUGGCAUGGGCACAGCAGCGCCCGCUAGUUCGGUUUACCUGUCGGAGGUGUCUCCUGCACACAUGCGAGGCCUGCUCAACACGGGCUGCAACCUGCUCUUCGCCGUCGGUAUCCUCUUGGGUUACACCAUGGGCAAGUGGCUGUAUUACACCUGGCUCGCCGUAGCUUGCCUCGUGCCAGCUUUCGUGUGUGGCGUGGCAUUCGCCCUCUACGUCCAGGAAUCUCCGCGAUGGCUCAUCUUGAAGGGUCGUCGAGCGCAGGCCAUGGAAGCGCUGAAGUUCUACAGGGGACCACGCAUCGGUGAAGAGUUCAGCUCCCUGGAGCGCAGCGCCGCAGAUCUGCCGGGUCUCACGCUGGCCGAGAUGCGAAAACCGUACAUCUACAAGCCGCUCUUGUACUCUCUUCUGCCCAUGUUCAUGCAGCAGGCUGCAGCUGUCAAUGUCGUGCUCUUCUACGCCAAGGACAUCUUCGACGAGGCGGGCACGUCCCUAGAUUCACAUAACUGCUCCAUCAUCAUGGGAGGUAUUUCCGUAGUGAUAUUCACUGUGGCCACGGUGCUCGCCGACAGGGCCGGGCGCAAGGCACUGUUCGUCGUGUCGUCAGUCGUCACCAUGGUCGGCCUCGGACUGCUCGGCCUGUACUUUUACCUGAAAGACGUAAACGGCGAAGAAUUUUCCAAAGAGUACGGCUGGUUCCCGAUUCUAGCCAUCGCCCUGUACGCCGUGGGACAUUCUUUAGGCCUGGGCCCGCUGCCGUUCGUCUUCAUGGGGGAACUGAUCCCUCUCAAGGCUAAAGGCCUGGCUUCGAGCGUGUGCACUGCAUUUCUUUUCGCGACCGGCUUUCUUUUGGUCAAAGAGCAUUUCGACAUUCAGAGCCUUCUGAGUGCCGCCGGUGCGUACUGGCUCUACGGUGCGCUGGUACUGGUUGCGUUCGUACCUUUUGUCGUGUUUGUCCCAGAGACCAAGGGCAAGAGUUUGGAGGAAAUUGAAAAACUUUUCGGUGGCAGCGGCUCGGAGCGAGCGGGCUUCUCGGAAAUUGCGGACGACUUGAGACUAAGUACUCUGUAGCGCUACAUUCAUUCCAUAUGAAUUGUCGAACGUGGAAUGCAACCUAUGAUGCCUCUUUUAAGGCAUAACAGUGGUGCAAAUGCCACAUGGUAAAAGGCUAGGAAAAAUAGCCGUUUGUAAAUAACUGAGUGGAAUUGUUCCCUCUCCCCUCACUUUAUAUCAUGGUGCUACAGGAAAAUUCAGCGUAAGCACAAGUGGUGAUCAUCGUCAUUGAGGAUUUUAUUUUUACCGCUCUGACCCGAAGGUCGCGGGAUCGAAUCUCGGCCGCAUUUUCGAUAGAGGCUGAGAUACUCGAGGCCCACGUACUUAGAUUUAUGUGCACGUUAAAGUACCCCCAGGUGGUCGAAAUUUCCGGAGUCCUCCACUACGGCGUCCCUCAUAA